AUGAAGUCGACCGUUUUCCUGUUGUGUUCCUUGAGCACGGUGAGUGCGCUGCUCGUUUGGAACGAGUCUAGGACCGUCGAUAUCCUGCGAAGGGGACAUCAGCUCUAUAAAAAGAGCGAUCUUGGCCAUCUGUUCAAGUACGGCAUCGUGGAGGACAAAUUCAAUGAGCUUUUUUUCAAGGGAAUUCAAACAGUAAGUCAAGAUGGCGCGACGACUUUUCGGGUCAACGACAGUUGGGGUCAACGAUGCUAUGAAUCGCAGUUUUAUGCAUGGCGGAGGAUAGGAGAAGCCUAGAAAUAAUAAGAUAGGUCGGGUGUUAGGAUAGCUUAUCACCAAUUUGGAGGUAUUUUACAUGUAUUCACAUCAAAAAUGUCUAGAUAAAACUUACGGCUCUUCGUUUUUUGCAACAAACUUUGGGCUUGUAUAUGUUACAAUAACUUAAUGGUUAGGGUGAAGAAAACCAGCGUUAGUAAAGUUAGAUAAAGUGGACAUAUUGUAAGCCUUCCCCGAGUCUUCGCCGAGCCUUCGCCAAGCGUCGGCCGACCAUCCAACGGCUUUGCCAGGCCUUGUAGGUGCUCAAUUGUCGAAAGGCACGACAAUCCAGUAACCGAUCUAGCCAAGAGCUCAAAAGUCAAGUGAUUUAUUCCCUGAAAAGGACGCCUUUUAUAAAGAAUUCCACGUAGAAAAGAACAAUAUAAUUUGAAUACAGUUUCUUGUGGGGAAAAUCCUCGAAGCUCGGUCGUUUCGCCUUACAGUUCUGUACCUUUUUUUUGGUUAUGAAUAAGCCUUCUCCUCCGUAUUGAUCGACUUUGUGUUGACCCGAAAUGUCGUCGACCCGAAAAGUGUGGUCAAAAUAUCAGUCUGUCGGGAAAAUAAUGAGCACUCAGUCGCAUCGAAAAUCGCAUCACCGAGAAAAUGAAUUGUGCCGCGACAAAAUCAUAUUAUCUUUCACUUCAGCGACGCGAUCAGCGCAGCAAAAUUGUGCUCAUUAUUUUCCCGACAGACUGAUAACCGCGCAACAAGUCUCUUUAGUCGAAACAAUUGUCGCUGCAAUAUUCGCUGGAAAACUUGCACGACGACAUUGGAGAAGCAAUCUUGUCCGUAACGGACGACUUUGAGAACCCGGAUUUCUUGAAACUGCGCAAUGCCAUAUUGAUUGAACGGACGGUGGCCGCAUCUGCCAGCCUCUCCGAGACCGCGGUCAUCCCAUUGGACUUGUUGCUUGUGGUGUUUGAAGGAAUGUACCGAGGCCCGGUAAGUGGGACUGUACUAGUGUAAUAUAACAUUUUCUAGGAGAGCCGUUACCAAGAAGUUGCCCACCUUCUGACCGCUGUAGCCUCAGCACAGCAGAAGAACUUGGGAUACGCACGGCAAAACAUUGUCAGAUUAGUAGUUAAUGUGUUAGAGCUGGGACAGAAGCUGGAAUUCAAUCCAAUCAAUGUUAUCUACAAUCUAUUCGGCUUCUUACUAGACGAAAAGAAAGAAAGUGUGGUGGAGUUGGAAAACCAGAUGAUCCUAAGCGACAAGAUUGCGGCAAUAAGGGCAGCUCUGAGGGAGCAUGGUGCCGCGGACAAGCAACUUGAUCCUGUGUUGCGCAACUUGGAAGAACUGAUCAACAAAAAGUUGGAACAGGUGCAAACCUACGAAUAUAUAGUCGUAAGUCUUAGCGGAACCGACAGCGUGACAAGAGCUCGAGUUCAAGUGAUUUAUUGAGUGAAAAGCGGUAUAUAGGGAAAUCCCACGUAGGAAAGUACAAUCAAAUUUGAAUAAUAAAUGGUGAUUUCCAUGGGAAUUCGGGCUCGUAGUGCGGUCGUUCCGCCUCAUAAAUUCCAAGGGCUCUUCAAUGAGGUGUGCCAUUGUCACUUGGUGUGAAUCAGUUUUUACAGUUCCUCAGUAAUGAGAGAACGUUUUGUGGGUCCAUUUUUGAGCUGAGAUUGUGAUAAAAUCUUAAUGGUUAUUUCCACAAUAGACUGAUACAAACAGGCUUCGUUGUAUGGUUGUUUAUUGUACAAAGCCUUCACUGUUCGCUGUAAAACACAAACUGGCUUCAGGUCGACCGGGAAGGAGCCGUAGCGUCUCGAAUCUAUGAGGAUAGUCACCCGCAUGGCGCCUAUAUCGAGAAGGACGAGUUCCUUGAUAUCUACAGGGCAGCGAGAGACACUGUAAGAUAUUGGCAGUACCGUAAAGCACAUACCUUUAGGUAGUUUCCUUAAGCCGUCGCUUCCCAUUGCUAAAAUACAUGGCGGCAAAAGAUUCCCAGCUCAUUCUGGCGAUGCCGAAGAAGGAUGCCAGCAGCAGCGAGGAUUUCAACUACUACGUCGAGAAAUUCUUGAGAAAUCAGCGCAGUGCCGCCGUGGUUCAAGGCGCCUCUCCGCUGGAAGUACUGCCAUUGGAUCUGGAAAUUGCCGCAUUCUCGAUGAUAAAUAUGAACAACGUAAGUGCAUAAUAGCCCGUUGGUCACUGCAACGGCUCUGCGAAGGGACCAGCAUAUAAUACAUACUAUAUAACACAGAAUAUACUACAAUGUUAUACAUAGCUGAGCCUACAAAAACAGCAAGUGGGCAAAGAAUUUUCUUCAUUAUAGAUUAUUAUUAUAGAACACUCUCGUUGUAUGGGAGACACCGUUGGAUAAACGCCGACUCUUGUGGCGACCGACAUUGCUCGUUAUAGACAAGCCUCUUCGGCAAUAUUAUCUUUUUAGAACACGUUCUACGGACAAGUCACAAACCAAGUCAACGCUAUUAUCAACGAACGCCACCUUAUGUGCAAAAUUCCUCGCACAAUUUUAAUCGACUCUGUCCUCAAACUUUUGAAAAUCGGGCAAUCCGUCAAGUUCAAUCCAAACCCCUUAAUUGAGGAUGCGUUUAAGUUUGCGGUGAAGCAGAGAAAAAGCGUCACAACGAAGAAGAAUCAAAAGAUUUUGGGAAAGAAGUUGCGGGCAAUCAAGGACGCUUUGAAGAAGCGGGGCUUGUCCAAAGAGGCAGAAAAAGCUCUCGGAAAUAUUAAUAUUUUGUGUGGAGAGCCGGAGGGCGACAGACGUUAA